ACCGUCAUGUGCAAUGGCGGCUUUCCAUUUUUACCGGAAGUUCAGAAUUUGUGUCCCUCUAGGGUCCCCCCCACAUAUAUCAAUAAAAGCCGCUAAUAAGAAGAUCGAGAAAAUGGCACUCCAUGAUUUUUGUUAUCACUGUGUGCGCCUGCGCGGAAGCAAGUGCCGCUUCCUAAGCAACCAAUAGAACCGGCGAAGACCCAAGUCCUUGUGGCAUCGCGCGAGAAUUCAACGCUGGAAAAGCGGAGAAGGCGGCCCUGCGAGCGGUGGCGAGUGCUUCCUUCGGCAUGACGUUGCCUUGACUCUUAGCGCAGAGCCGUGGCGUCAGAUGACGGUUACAGGAAUGGAGACUGACACUAUAAGAAGCAAAGCCACGGAGAAAGAAACCACUGAACAGCAAAAGGAACGUGACAAAAAGAAAAGGUCCAGAGUUAAACAGGUGCUUUCAGAUAUAGCAAAGCAAGUGGACUUCUGGUUUGGUGAUGUCAAUCUCCACAAGGACAGGUUUCUUCGAGAACAAAUAGAAAAGUCUAGAGAUGGGUAUGUUGACAUAUCACUUCUAGUUUCUUUUAACAAAAUGAAAAAAUUAACCACUGACAGAAAAUUGAUAGCACGUGCAGUUAAAAACUCAUCCAUUGUAGAGCUGGAUUUAGAAGGAACUAGGAUCAGACGAAGGCAACCACUGGGUGAGCAACCUAAAGAUGUGGAUAGCCGUACAGUAUAUGUGGAAUUGCUUCCUAAAAAUGUCAAUCACAGUUGGAUUGAACGGGUAUUUGGGAAAUGUGGCAAUGUAGUUUAUAUCAGCAUUCCUCGUUAUAAGACUACCAGAGACCCAAAGGGAUUUGCAUUCGUUGAGUUUGAAACAAAAGAACAAGCAGAAAAGGCAAUUGAGUUCUUGAAUAACCCACCUGAAGAUGCACCAAGAAAACCUGGGAUAUUCCCCAAAACAGUUAAAAACAAGCCUGUUCCUGCAAUGACUACAAGUGACUCUAGUGUUGUUGAAGAAAAGAAAAAAAAGAAGAAGAAGAAAUCCAAAACAAAGAAGGAAAAUAGCCAGCAAGCAAAUGUGGACACCAGAGACUCAAGUAUGGAUACUACUACAGAGCAGGCAAGCAGAUCGAAGAGACAUAGAACAACAUCAGAAAGCUCUGAAAUGGAAGCAUCAGAGGCCCAGUGGCAGUCUUCAAAGAGAGACAAAAAGAGAACGGAUAGAACAGAAAGCUCAGGGUCUGGAGAAAGUAGGCCAGGGAAGAGGAAGCGCAGACACUCUGGGGAUGUAGAGAUGUCCUUUGGAAAGGUAAAGAAAAGUACUCCGAAAGAUAAUGUUCAUUCUGCACGAGAGGGAUCUACAGAAGGACCAGAGGAUUCCAAGGAACUGUCCACUGAAGAAGAGAGAGAGAUUGGAGGUAAGAAAGACACAUCUCUUUCAAAAUCCAAAAGGAAGCAUAAGAAAAAGCAUAAAGAGAGACACAAGAUGGGAGAAGAGGUCAUUCCACUGAGAGUGCUUUCAAAGAGAGAAUGGAUGCAGCUGAAGCAAGAGUACUUGGCUCUACAGAAAACCAGCAUGUCUUCUUUGAAAAAAGCGAUGGCCCAAAUAAAAACAAUGACUGUUGGGGAAAUGGAAACCGAUGCCUGUAAACCAGUCAAGACUGAAACAAGAAAUGGCAAAUCAGCUACCUCAGUCCAUCCUGAGAAAGCUCACACAAUGGGGCCCCAAUUUGAAGGUGGAGUGAUUGUGAAGGUCAUUAGUCCUGAGCCUCUGCCUGGCAGGAAACACAUUAAGGACAUAUUAGCAACAUUAGCUGAUGUUGCUUAUGUUGACCUGUUGGAAGGAGAUAAUGAAUGUCACGUGCGUCUUAAAACUCCAGAAGAUGCACAGACUUUACUAAAGUCACAUAAAGAAAUUCAGGCUAAAAACAAUUGGAAACUUGAGAUCCUAUCAGGUGAUCAUGAACAGAGAUAUUGGCAGAAGAUUUUGGUGGAUCGACAAGCUAAACUCAAUCAACCACGAGAAAAGAAACGGGGCACAGAGAAGCUAAUUGCAAAAGCUGAAAAAAUGAGACUGGCCAAGACACAGGAGAUAAACAAGCACAUCCGCUUUUCUGAAGAUGAGUAAACCAGCCUGAUUUUUACCUGUACAAAAAACUUUUAAAAGCUACCAAACUAUUCUUAUGAAGAAAAUCUGUUUGCUUCACAGUACCAUAGAAUACAAAUAAGGUUCUAAUCCGGUAGGCUGAAUGAAUUUAUAUUGCUACUUGAGUCUGUUUGUGGACGAAUGUAUUCAGCAAGUUCUAAUAUGUCCUUUUCAUCUUUUUUUGUAUAUUGAAUUUUUAUAAACUGGUAAAAAGGAGAACAGAAUAAAAAAGUAGAAAUCUUCAAUAAACUAGUUUGAUAUUUGUUCUUGAA